GAUAGCGAAGCGCGCAGCAAUCGUUUGUCCCGUGUUUGCCGCUUCGAUAGCUGGCAUUUAAUUGAGCUUCGCAUUUCUAGUGAAUUUGAGUGCUGCUCAAUUCGCAGCCGCAAUUAGCGUCAUUUCGCCACAGCUUUGAGACAAUGCUGCUGCUCCGUUCGCUGCUGGCAGCGCUGCUGACGCUGCUGUGCGUUCAAGUGGACGCCGGCCGCCCGCUGAAAGUUCUCGGCCUGUUCCCGCAUCCCGGCGUCAGCCAUUUUCACUUCUUUCAGCCCAUAAUGCACGCCUUGGCCGAAGCCGGACACGAUGUCAGCGUGGUUAGCCAUUUUCCGGCUAAAAACCCGCCCAUACGCUACAAGGAUUUUCCGCUAACGGGCACGGACAAGCUAACAAACAGCGUGGACUUGAAGUUCUUCGAGAAGCGACCUUUCUACAAUCAUUUCGUUGAGUUCUUUAUGCUGCACGAGUGGGGCAAACAGGCUUGCAACGUGACGCUGCGCUCGGAGGCCUUGCAGACGGUGCUCAAGCGUAAGGCUGGCUACUAUGACGUCAUCGUUCUGGAACAGUUCAAUACGGACUGCAUGAUGGGCGUGGCACAUCAGCUGCAGGCACCAGUUGUCGCCCUGAGCAGCUGCGCCAUGAUGCCCUGGCACUACGAACGGAUGGGCGCCCCAAUAAUACCCUCCUAUUUGCCAGCUUUAUUCAUGGGUCAAUCGCAGGACAUGAACUUUGGCGGCCGUUUGGCCAACUGGUUCAGUUUCCAUACACUCAACUGGUUAUACAAACUCAUCACCAUACCCGCUGCGGAUGCGAUGGUGCAGUACAAAUUUGGCCACGAUGUGCCCUCGGUGGGUGAGCUGGUGAAGAAUACGUCCGUCUUCUUUGUGAAUCAACACUAUUCGCUGAGCGGUGCGAAGCCGUUGCCGCCGAACGUCAUCGAGCUGGGCGGCCUGCACAUCCAGAAGGCCAAUCCGCUGAGCGCCGACCUGCAGCGUCUGCUGGACAGUGCCGAGCACGGCGUCAUACUCAUCAGCUGGGGCUCCAUGAUACGCGCCAAUUCGCUGUCGCCGGAGAAGCGCGACGGAAUUGUGCGCGCCGUUGCCCGACUGAAGCAGCAGGUCAUCUGGAAGUGGGAGAACGAGACGCUGUCCAAUAUGCCGCCAAAUAUGCACAUUAUGAAGUGGCUGCCACAGCGCGAUAUACUCUGCCAUCCCAAUGUCAAGGUGUUCAUGACCCAUGCCGGCCUCAUGGGCAGCUCCGAGGCGGCCUAUUGUGGUGUGCCCGUUGUGGCCACGCCCAUGUAUGGUGAUCAGUUCCUAAAUGCGGCCGCCCUCGUGCAGCGUAACAUGGGCGUGCUGCUGCACUACGAGGACAUUGGCGAGAAUACCGUGCUGAAGGCCCUGAAGCGUGCUCUGGACAAGAAGCACGCGGAUGCUGCCAAGCUGGUCGCGCACUCAUUCAAGCACAGGCCGCAGCAGGCGCUGCAGACGGCCCUCUGGUGGGUGGAGCAUGUGGGUCACACGGGCGGCAAUCCGCUGCUGAAAUCCAGCGCCGUGGAGCUGUCACGUUUCGUGUACUACUCGCUGGACUGCUAUGCGGCAGUUGGCCUCAUCUUGGCCCUGGUGAUUGCCAGCUGGGUGGCCCUCAUAAGACGCUGUUGCGCCAAGCCAAGACCGGAGCAAAAGAACAAAAAUACUUUGCAUAGCUUUUGGUUUUUUAGGAAAAUGCAUUCAAAUUGUGCUUGGAAAUUGUUGCUGCUGUUUUCGCUGUUUUCCAUGGACAGCUCAACGCACGCCCUGAAAAUCUUGGGCCUCUUCCCGCAUCCCGUCCUCAGUCAUUUUAAGUUCUUUCAGCCUCUGAUGCGGCGACUGGCCGAAACGGGCCACACUGUCGAUGUGCUCAGUCCCUUUCCGGGUGCACAGCCGUCGACGCCGCCGACGACGGGCUAUAAGAACUACGCCCUGCCCAGCGCCAACUUGAAUGUUAAAAUUGGCUUCGAUCUGUUUGAGGAAGUUGCUAUGCCCUAUCUGAUGCCCUUCAGCGAGUUCUUCAUCCUGCAUGCUUAUGGCAAGGCUGCCUGUAAUGCCACGCUUAAUAGCGCGGCUCUCGCGCAGAUACUCAGGCAUCCGGCUGGCUACUAUGACGUCAUCGUUCUGGAGCAAUUCAAUACGGACUGCAUGAUGGGCGUGGCACAUCAGCUGCAGUCGCCAGUUGUGGCCAUGAGCAGCUGCGCCUUGAUGCCCUGGCAUUACGAGCGCAUGGGCGCACCGAUAAUACCCUCCUAUAUGCCAGCUUUAUUCGUGGGUGAGUCGCAGCACAUGCACUUUGCUGGUCGCCUGGGCAAUUGGUUGACCACGCACGCGCUCAAUUGGCUCUAUGGCUGGUACAGCGUGCCCGCUGCCGAUGCGCUGCUGCGUCAGAGAUUCGGAGCGGGCGUGCCCAGCACUGGGGAGCUGGUGAAGAACACUUCGCUUAUGCUUGUCAAUCAGCAUUACUCGCUGAGCGGAGCCAAGCCGCUGCCGCCAAAUGUCAUCGAGGUGGGCGGACUGCAUGUAAGCGAAGCCAAGCCUUUGGAUGCUGCGCUGCAGCAGCUGAUGGACAAGGCCAAGCAUGGUGUCAUCAUCAUCAGCUGGGGCUCCCAGCUGAGAGCCAAUACGCUGUCGGGCGCCAAGCGCGAGGGCCUGCUGCGUGCCUUGGCGCGUCUGCCGCAGCAGAUCAUCUGGAAGUGGGAGAACGAGACGUUGCCCCAGCAACCAAGCAAUGUGCACAUCAUGAAGUGGCUGCCGCAGCGCGAUCUGCUGGCGCAUCCCAAUGUGCGGCUAUUCUUCACACACGGCGGCUUGAUGGGCAUCACCGAGGCCGUUGCCAGCGGCGUGCCCAUUGUGGGCAUGCCAGUCUAUGGCGAUCAGCACAUGAAUGUGGCCGCCCUGGUGGAGCGUGGCAUGGCGGUGCGCCUGGACUUUGAACGCCUACGCGAGCAGACGGUAUUCGAGGCAUUGUCUCUGGCGCUGGAUGCCAAAUACAAGCGGCAAGCCCAGCAGAUUGCCGCCGCCUACAACGAGCGGCCGCAAUUGGCCCUGGAGACCGCCCUGUGGUGGGUGCAACAUGUGGCAGAGACACGCGGCGCACCGCUGCUGCAGUCCGGCGCGGUACGUCUCAAUCGCUUCGUCUACUACUCGCUGGACGUCUACUUGGCCCUGGGCGGUGCUCUCCUGCUAUUCCUGGCCAUCGCCAGUGAAAUCUGGCGACGUUGCUGCAAGCGCAAGCAGCCAGUGCCGAAGCCCAAGCGCAGCUAGAGUUGAAUGGCUGCAACCGAAAAUAAAAUUAUAUACAGUGAAAUGCUCCAACUAACGGAGAGCUUACUUGGCCAACAAAUUUGUUCCCUCAUCGGGCGGACGCUAGAAUCCCCUUUAGAAUCUUUCAUAAACUGCAAAAAAAA